GUAGGCUAAACUAUGCGAAGUUCCUCUCCAGACGCGUAAUUACGCACGUCGGUUGUUUUCCUUCUUUAAAGCUCUUUCUGUAUAAAGGAUGCUGGAAGCCAAGGAUUGUGGAGUGACAAUGACGUCCAGUCACAAAAUUUCAUUUUCUAUAAUUGAUAUAUUGGAUCCCAACAAAUUCAACAGCAAAAGGGUAAACGAACUUUCCAUCGCCAAGGAGAAGUUUCCUGUGCCAAACGCAGAGGGAGCAAGUUUGGAGUCGGACAGCAUUGCAAGCGGAGACUUCAGAGUUGAGCGCACGAAAUCAGGAGAUGAACACUCUACAGCCUCCAGGCAUCAUACAGUUGUGGCUGACCCUCUUCUGCUCUCCCCGCCGGCUGACACAGAGCCCUGUCUCACUGGGGAACAGGAGGAUGGAGAGUCAGCGGUCACCCCACAGGUCCCCUCCCCGCACAAGCGGCGGCGCCCGGACCAGGCCUGCGCCAAACCACGGCGCGCCAGAACAGCGUUCACUUACGAGCAACUGGUGGCUCUGGAGAACAAGUUCCGCGCAACUCGGUACCUGUCUGUGUGCGAGAGACUAAACCUGGCCUUGUCCCUGAGCCUGACCGAAACCCAGGUGAAAAUUUGGUUCCAGAACAGGAGGACCAAGUGGAAAAAACAGAACCCCGGGGCGGACAGCACCUUGCAGCCCGGCUCCAACUCCCUGGUCAAUGUCAGUCCAAGCCCGGCCACCUGUGGGUCAAGCCCCGCCAGCGCCAGCUUCCACCAAACUUUCCCGAACUUCAGCUCUGGGAAUGUGAUCUUUCACACGGCCGGUGCUGUUCCACUUUCAUCCACUGGGGGGCUCCUGCAUCCCUUCAUGUCCAGUGGAUUCGUCCAGCCAACUUACUUUAAUCCACAUUUAUGAAAGAAGCCAAGACUGACAUGUUGCAGCUGGUGACACUUUUACUGGGACAGAAUGACUAAUCAGCUGAACUUUUACUGCCCAGAAUCACCGUGACUGUUGCAUUAAGGCCAUAUCAUGUUCUACAAAGUGAGGAGGAAAAAAGGCACCUGUUUGUACAAGGUUUCUUGUUCCAUCCUGAUAUUAUCCAGCUGGUUUAUUUUCAAAGGGAGUUUUAUUACCUUAUUAAAGUCUCAGUCUUUCCAGUAAUUCAACAUCAUAACAAAAGGCCAAAUGUGUGAUCUCCAACUGAGCCCAACAAUUAUCGAAACAUUUACGCCACAAAGUUCUGUCAAACCCGCUCCACCAUGCACUGACUGACUGUCACUGUGUUUGCUGAAACACCUGCUCACACUGUGUGUUUGUAUAACAGCUCAUACAGUAUCAUUUUCUGCAUCGGUGUGUUUUACAUCUCAAACUGUGGCAUAUUGCAACCAUCCAAUACCCAGCUGUGUUUCUACCUCUCAGAGAACACCACAGCUCACUCUGUUGCCAUUAAUACGACAUUAUCAGUGUAACUUAAUAAAAAAAAAUAAAAAA